GGAAGGGAGGACCGCUGCUCCCUGGCUGCCAGCCACCCCGCGGCUAUUUAUAGCCGCCUCGGUGGGAAUCGUCCACGCGAAGGCAUCACCCUCCUCAUCAUCACCAUUCUCCUCCUCAUCCUUGUUCCCAACUUGUGCGGAGCGAGACAAGAGGGGUCUGCAUGGAGGAUGCAACCUGACCCGGACGCUGGAAAGGAAUAAGAGCGUCUUAUGGAGGCCUCGUUACAUGGUGGACUGUUGCCGGCGUAGCGAUGUUCACUAGUUCCAAUCAGUCCCUGUCUAUCUCCCUCACUCCCACCCUCCACUCCCCAUCCACGUGUGGUCCGGGCGGACAGCAACGCGUGCACUCCUCCCUGUCCCUCCCUGAACCCGAGCCCUGGCGGAAGCCCCCCCCGGCCGGCCGGCCCAGCCUGGCACAGGGCGUCCGUUCCUGUUCCCUGCAGGUGCCGCACGGCGAGUUCCCGGAGCUCCCCGCUCGGGCAGCCAGCUUCGACCUGCCGCACGCCGUAGCUGAUGACUCCGACCGGGGUUCGGGCUCCCCCAGCCCGCACGGCGUUCUCCGGCGCCGCGGUGGCCUCGUGGAGCAGAGGGACAUCAUCAUGGCUCAUCAGGCUCACAAGAUGCAGAGCACGCCACAAGCUCGCAGAAAGGAGUGGGAAAUGGCUCGCUUCGGUGACGACUCCGCCCCGAGCACCGUUGACUCCGGGGACGGAGACGCGGAGCGCGGCGGGGAUGCGCAGGACCCCGGGGCCGCUGCGGUGGCCGGAGGAGGAGCAGGAGGAGGCGCCGACGGAUCGGGCGCGAUCUCGGCGUCGAUGAAGCAAGCCAAGGCGCAGCGGGCCCGGACCAUGGCUCUGUACAACCCGGUCCCGCACCAGCAAAACUGUCUGACGGUCAACAGGUCGCUGUUCAUCUUCGCCGAGGACAACAUCAUCCGGAAGUACGCGCGCCGAAUUAUCGAGUGGCCGCCGUUCGAGUACAUGAUCCUGGCUACCAUCACCGCCAACUGUGUGGUGCUGGCUCUGGAGCAGCACUUGCCCGGAGAGGACAAGACCCCCAUGGCAAAGAGACUGGAGAAAACGGAGCCGUACUUCAUUGGGAUCUUCUGCUUCGAGGCGGGCAUCAAGCUAGUGGCGCUGGGUUUUGUUUUCCACAAAGGUUCCUACCUGAGGAACGGAUGGAAUGUUAUGGACUUCAUCGUGGUGCUCAGUGGGAUUUUGGCAACGGCAGGAGCGCACAUGAACAUCCCCGUGGACCUUCGCACUCUGAGGGCCGUGCGAGUCUUGAGACCCCUCAAGCUUGUCUCCGGCAUCCCCAGCCUGCAGAUUGUACUCAAGUCCAUCAUGAAGGCCAUGAUCCCUCUGCUGCAGAUCGGCCUGCUCCUCUUCUUCGCCAUCCUCAUGUUUGCCAUCAUCGGCCUGGAGUUCUACAGUGGGAAGCUUCACCACACCUGCCUGCCAUCUGUCGACAUCCUUGACAACGAGACGGUAGACUCAUCCGAAUUGGCGUUUGCAUGCGGCGUACGGAAGUGUCCGGAGAGAUACGACUGCAACGACACGUGGAUCGGCCCGAAUGAUGGCAUCACGCAGUUUGACAACAUCCUGUUUGCCGUCCUCACCGUCUUCCAGUGCAUCACCAUGGAAGGAUGGACGGCUGUUCUCUACAACACUAACGAUGCCUUGGGCCCCACAUGGAACUGGAUGUACUUCAUCCCACUCAUCAUCAUUGGUUCCUUCUUUGUGCUCAACCUGGUGCUGGGAGUCCUGUCCGGCGAAUUCGCCAAGGAGAGGGAGCGGGUGGAGAACAGGCGGGCCUUCAUGAAGCUGCGGAGGCAGCAGCAGGUGGAGCGUGAACUCAACGGCUACCGCGCCUGGAUAGACAGGGCAGAGGAGGUGAUGCUGGCAGAGGAGAACAAGAAUUCGGGGAGAUCGGCAUUAGAUGUGCUGAAGAGAGCGAGUAAGAAGACAGGCGCACGUCGAGGAGCCCCGGGCGAUGACAAGUACGCGGACAUGUCCACUGCCAGCAUGUCCCGCUCCAGGAUGAACUUCCGCAGCGGUCGGCGUGGUCCGGCCGCCUACUUGCGUCGCAAAGAGCGCAUGUUGCGCAUCUCCAUCCGCCGCAUGGUGAAGACGGACACGUUCUACCUGAUGGUGCUUAGCCUGGUGGCUCUCAACACCAUCUGCGUGGCCAUCGUGCACCACAACCAACCCGACUGGCUCACCAUCUUCCUCUACUAUGCGGAAUUUGUGUUCCUCGGGCUGUUCCUAGCUGAGAUGUUCCUGAAGAUGUAUGGUUUGGGUUUCCGUCUCUACUUCCAUUCGUCUUUCAACUGCUUCGACUGUGGUGUUAUUGUGGGCAGCAUCUUCGAGGUGGUUUAUGGCUUCUUCCGGCCUGGCAUGUCGUUUGGCAUCAGCGUGCUGAGGGCGCUGAGACUUCUGAGGAUUUUCAAGAUUACCAAAUACUGGGCCUCUCUCAGGAACCUGGUUGUGUCGCUCAUGAGCUCCAUGAAGUCCAUCAUCAGUCUGCUUUUCCUGCUGUUCCUCUUCAUUGUGGUGUUUGCUCUGCUGGGAAUGCAACUUUUCGGAGGACGGUUCAUCUUUGAAGAUUACACUCCCACCAACUUUGACACGUUUCCAGCUGCGAUCAUGACAGUCUUUCAGAUAUUGACGGGUGAAGACUGGAAUGAAGUGAUGUACAACGGCAUUCGCUCCCAAGGAGGCGUGCAGUACGGCAUGUGGUCGUCCAUCUACUUCAUUGUGCUCACCCUGUUUGGAAACUAUACACUCCUCAAUGUCUUUUUGGCCAUCGCUGUGGAUAAUCUGGCCAAUGCACAGGAACUGACAAAGGAUGAAGAGGAGGAGGAAGAGUUCUUCAACCAACGGUAUGCCAGAGGCAGAGAUGGCUUAAUAUCUGAUGGUCGAAGAAGACCCUACCUCUACAGAAAACGCGCCAUCCACCGAGGCCGACCUACUUUCCCCGAUGAUGCAGACGGAGCGAUGGCGUCCCCAGAUGAGCAGCCCCUCAACAGCUCUAACGCCUUCGCCAACCGCCGCGAGAGGCGAAGAAAAGUCAACAUGUCCGUUUGGGAGCAGAGGGCCAAUCAGCUACGCAAACGCCGCCAGAUGGCUAGCAGGGAGGAGCUCUUCAGCAGCCCCGCCGAGGACACCAUCGAAGCCCCCAGUACCCAACAUGUGCCUGCAUUGUCCACCGAAGCCAGCCCCACCCACCUGCCCGAGUCUCCCAUGUCUGUGGGGAUGCCCUUACCUGAGCCGCCCAUGUCCAUAACCAUCCCCAUACCCGAACCCCCUGUGGCCGAGCCUUUGGUCAACCUCACUGAGGAGUAUACAGGUGGCACUAACCACCGAGCUACAGGCGGAGGUCGGCACAGGAUGGCCCGCAAGUUCAGACCAGGUCAAGGGCCAGAGGAAGGGGCCAGACACAGACGCCACCGUCACCGAGAGGCUCGCACUGAGGCCAAGAGCCUGGACUGCGCACCGACCCCACAUGAUCCGCUGUUGUUCAAGCGCUCACUCAGUCAAGAGAGGAGGAUCCUGGAUGAGAGAGAGGAGCAUGAGGAGAAAGCUGAUGCAGAAAGCCAGCUCCAGGAUGAUACUGGAAUGUCUAUCGUCAACCCUUAUGCAGACAUUGGAGAAGAUGGAAGGAUGUCUGACAUUCCCGAGCCUCCUCAGUGCGAGCGACUUCUGGACUGUCCAAGCAUCCCAGCGGAGAUGGCUCUGGAGGCCACAGAGUACAGCGUGUGCACACUUGAACCCGAGAAAUGCGCAGGCUCCCUCCACCGUGACAAGUCCAUUCCAGAAGGAUGCGUGGCCAUUGAGAUGUCCGCACAACCGCUGCUGGAGUUGACACCCAUGACAGUGAACAGUAAAGAGGUAGAAGCCUACCAUUCUGAACAGAGAGACAUAGAGGAAGACACUGAGGAAGAGGAACCUCCUAUUGCUCCCAAACCUGUUGCUCCGGGCAGCAUGUUCCUCUUCAAGGCCUCAAACCCGAUCAGAAGAAUCUGCCACUACAUUGUCAAUAUACGCUACUUCGAGAUGAGCAUCCUCCUUGUGAUUGUGGCAAGCAGCAUUGCGCUGGCCGCUGAGGACCCCGUAUGCACCAGUUCAGAAAGAAACAAGGUCCUCCGUUAUUUUGAUUAUGUCUUCACUGGGGUGUUCACCUUUGAAAUGAUCAUCAAGAUGAUCGACCAGGGCCUCAUCCUGCACGACGGCUCCUACUUCCGAGACAUGUGGAACAUCCUGGACUUCAUUGUGGUGGUGGGAGCGCUCAUUGCCUUCGCUCUGACGAAUGUGAUGGGAAACAACAAAGGUCGAGACAUCAAGACCAUCAAGUCCCUCCGCGUUCUGAGAGUCCUGCGGCCGCUCAAGACCAUCAAGAGGCUUCCUAAACUCAAAGCCGUCUUUGACUGUGUGGUGACGUCCCUGAAAAACGUCUUCAAUAUCCUCAUCGUGUACCAGCUCUUCAUGUUCAUCUUCGCCGUCAUCGCCGUGCAGCUUUUCAAGGGCAAGUUCUUCUACUGCACCGACAGCUCCAUGAACACAGAGAAGGAGUGCCAGGGCUACUACAUCGACUACACCAGGGACAAGAAGGAGGUGAAGAGAAGAGAGUGGAAGAGACACGAGUUCCACUACGAUAACGUUUGCUGGGCCCUCCUCACUCUCUUCACCGUCUCCACCGGCGAAGGAUGGCCUCAGGUACUGCAGCACUCCACCGACGUGACCGAGGAGAGCAUGGGGCCAAGUCGAGGGAAUCGCAUGGAGAUGUCUGUUUUCUACGUGGUGUACUUUGUGGUCUUUCCCUUCUUUUUCGUCAACAUCUUUGUGGCUCUGAUAAUCAUCACCUUCCAGGAGCAGGGUGACAAGAUGAUUCAGGAGUGCAGCCUGGAGAAGAAUGAGAGGGCCUGCAUUGACUUUGCCAUCAGUGCCAAGCCCAUGACGCGCUACAUGCCCCAGAACAGACAAACCUUCCAGUACAAGUUGUGGCACUUUGUGGCAUCUCCGUCUUUUGAGUACACCGUGCUGGUGAUGAUCGCCCUUAACACAGUGGUCCUCAUGAUGAAGUACCACUCGGCCCCCACGGCCUAUGACAUGGUCCUGAAGCACCUGAACACAGCCUUUACUGUCCUUUUCUCCCUGGAGUGUAUUCUCAAGAUCAUGGCUUUUGGUUUUGUGAAUUAUUUCAGAGAUACGUGGAAUAUUUUUGACUUCAUCACGGUGCUUGGCAGCAUCACUGAAAUUGUUGUGGAUUUACAGGUGAAACCAAAACAUUCCAAAUAUGUGAUUCGAUUAUUCAUAAAUCCAAAACUACUAUGUGCUGCCUCUUCUACGUUCCAGUCGAUGAACACCAUCAACAUGAGUUUCCUAAAACUCUUCCGGACGGCCCGCUUGAUCAAGCUGCUGAGGCAGGGUUACACCAUUCGCAUUCUGCUCUGGACCUUUGUACAGUCUUUCAAGGCACUUCCUUACGUCUGCCUGCUCAUCGCCAUGCUCUUCUUCAUUUACGCCAUCAUCGGAAUGCAGGUGUUUGGGAACAUCAAGCUGAACGACGAGAGCCACAUCAAUCAGCACAACAACUUCAAGACCUUUUUCGGCGCCCUCAUGCUGCUUUUCAGGAGUGCAACGGGGGAGUCCUGGCAGGAGAUCAUGCUGUCCUGUCUGUCGGGUCAGGAGUGCGAGCCCGAUCCCUCCAUCGGCCCCUUCGCCUUGUCCCCGGAUCACGAAGGAGGCUGCGGCACAGACUUCGCUUACUGUUACUUUGUCUCAUUCAUCUUCUUCAGCUCCUUUCUGAUGUUAAAUCUGUUUGUGGCUGUCAUUAUGGAUAACUUUGAGUACCUGACGCGAGACUCCUCAAUCCUUGGACCGCAUCACCUGGACGAGUUUGUCAGAAUCUGGGGAGAAUACGAUCGCCUGGCAUGUGGACGCAUCCACUACACCGCCAUGUAUGAGAUGUUAACACACAUGUCUCCACCGCUGGGCCUGGGCAAAAAAUGCCCUGCUAAGAUCGCCUAUAAGAGGCUGGUGUUGAUGAACAUGCCGGUGGACGAGGACAUGACAGUACACUUCACCUCCACCCUCAUGUCACUCAUACGCACGGCACUGGACAUCAAAAUAGCCCGAGGUGGCGAAGACCGCAUCGCCUUGGAUGCCGAACUUCAAAAGGAGAUCAGCAUAAUCUGGCCCUACCUGCCGCAGAAGAACUUGGACCUCCUGGUGCCCAUCAACAAAGACACAGAUAUGACGGUGGGGAAGAUUUACGCCUCCAUGAUGAUCAUGGACUACUUCAAACAGAGCAAGGCCAAGAAGCUGCGGCAGCAGCUGGAAGCUCAGAAGAGCAACCUGAUCUUCAAGCGUCUGGAUGCGUCCACCCUUCCAGAGGACAUUCUCUCCAACACGCAGCCUCUGCCCAUGAUGGCCCACAGCGCCGGAUCCGCCUUGACACGUGGGGGCUUUGUGGCUUUGAGUCCUAUUUCACCACAGGAGCUCUUUUUGCAGUCCAUGAGCUCGGACACAGAUGCUGGUCAACAACAAAACUUGGUGGGCGAGUGCCAUUGGGGGAUUCCGCUAGGGAGGGGCCUGUGCAUGCGGGCCUCCUCCAUGCCCCGCCUGGCUGUAGAGUUGCAGGCAGAGGCUGCCGGCGGAUCAAUGAAGCGCUCCGCCUCCACCAUUUCGGAUCAACAAGUCAACGGCCUAUGGCAGGACGAGAGAAGCCCCGAGCGCUUUUAUCGACCCCGACAUAAGAGCUACAAGGCUGCAGUGUCUCGGUCCGAGCACUGGCAGCAGGGCGAGCGGGACAGAGGCCGAUCUAAGGAGCGCUGCCACCUUCUCUCUCCGGACGCGUCCCGCUGUAACUCGGAAGAGCGCAGCCUGCAGCCGUCACGCUCCUCCAGUGUGGAGAGGACACAGCCCCGAGACAAACAGGAUAACAGCUCAGACAGUCCCGUGCCCUCCACAUCAGAGUCCAGCACCCCCAGCGUCCGACGGCCUUCAUCGCACACCCCCAUGCGCUCUCGUCCUCACAUCUCCUACUCACCGCUCGUUUGUCGCGCCGACCCCUCCGUCAGCCAGGACAACGAGACGGAGACAGCCAGGCGGGACCAGGAGACGGUCUGCGGCGAGCAAGGGGGCGAGGUGGGCCGACACCAAUCGCCGCUGCGCCGCUACCCCUCCGAACCCUUCAUGGCCUCGCAGGAGGACGACCACAGCCCCGAUCCCACAGGCCCCAUGGAGACGUUAACCUUCGAGGCGGCCGUGGCCUGCAGCCUGGGACGCGCCAACACCAUCAGCUCGGCCGGCCCGCGUUUGCGAACCGGCUGGCAGGUCCCCAACGGACACUUUCGCAAGCGCCUUGCGCAGACGGCCUCCGUGGCGGGCUGCGAUCCGCUCAGCGACACAGAGGAGGACGACCGGUGCUAGAGACAUAGACACGGCGACUUUUUGCUGCAUUGUGUACCCUCAUAGUUGUCAAACUCAAGCCGACAACAGGAAAGAACACUUCUUCCUGAAACUUUCCUUGCCAAUUCACGCCAAACGCUUACUAUUCAAACAGAAAACAAAGGUCUACUUCCUGCCUUUUACUUGACGAUAGAGGAAUGGUACUUCAUUGGAAACAGCCACACCAUGGGGAGAGAAAAGCGGACUACAUACAUACUGAUGUUCAACAUGACCAAUUUUAAAAAUGUGAACAACCCAACACGUCAAGUAAAAAAAAAAAAAAAAAAAAAUCAUGUGCCUACUGCUGUUUUCAUGUGAGCCAGCCCAUAUUUGUAGUUUGGCCCUCACAAAUCUGCCUAUUUGCAAAUCUCUUUGCGAGCCAAUCCUGUUAUUCACUGAGAUAGUCACCCCUUUGCUGUUUUGUGCUCAAGCCAAAGCAAUAGCUGUCUUGCUUUGGUGAUAUCUGAAGGCAUCAGUGAGCUGAGGAUCUUCAUUUCAACAAAAUAAGUCCUUUUCUUCCAACUUUUGACAUUUAGAGGCCAUUGCAGUACACUGUACUUUAAACCUCUGAAGGUUUGAUAUCUGAAGGCAUCUGAGUGCCGAGGAUCUCUUGGAGUGAGUUGAGGAUUUUCAUUUAAACAAAAUCAGUCAUUUUCUUCCAUCUUAAUGCAUUGAGAAGCCAUUGCAGUACACUGUACUGAAAACCUUUUGGGGUAGUGCCAAUUACUUCCUAUCCUCUGGAAAUAGUGGAGAUUCAUUGAACAAAGAUGACUAUCGUAGUAUGAAGACUGACUUGUCAGAGGAGAGGCAGCACUGUGCCACUGGGCACCCAGACUACUGGUAAAAACAAAGAAGAACGAGAAGCAUGAGAACUGUUAGCUUUUCUGGUAAUUGUGAUACAUUGCCUUUAGAAACUCUCCUCCUGGUUAUUUUUAAUUGUGUCGAAUGACUUGUGAGCUGCAGCAAGGUGCCCUAGUGGUUCAGCUCAUAUGCUUCACAGUUUGGAGCUUCGGGGUUUGAAUCCUGCCCUUCCUAUUUGGAGUUUGCAUGUUUUCACUGGGUACUCAGUCUUCCUCACAUAACAUGCAUGUAAAAUUGUCCAAAGGUGUGAAUGUGAGUGGAAAUUUUUGUUUACCUAUUGUGUAAUUUUGGAUUGACUGGCGAUCAGUCCAGGAAGUAUCUCACCUCUUGCCCAAAGUCAGAUGAGAUAGGCUCCACAUCACCCAAAUCGAAAAAUAAUCAUGUUUAUUAAUCAUGAUUUCAAUAAUCAAAAAUAGUGUGUGGGGGGGGGGGGGGGUUGUGUUGUUUUGUCCAAAUUUAUCCAGCUCUUGCCCUGACCCGAAUGAGGACAAGUGUGAUAAAAAAAAAAUUGAGAGAUAAAAGGAUCAACUGGGUACCUAAUUACGUGUCUGGAAUGUGUAUUUGAAUUGAAAUACGAUAAUUACUCUUUGUAGGUGAAUGAAUUAGGACAAGUGCUAAUGCAAAUGGUUGGAAGGACCUAUGCGACACAUUAAACAAACACUCUAGUCUACGCAACCACUUGUCUGUUUAUGUGUCCGGCAUCAAUGCAAGCUCUAGGUUCCUAAUUGGCUACAUGUCACAAUCACGCAGUCUGUCGCUCGGCCCAUCUGAGUGUUGAUUUGUGUUCAUAAACAUCAAACAUGUUUAACAUUUACGAUUGUCCCCACCCAAAUUUCUGCGCAGAUUGGAGAGGAAAAAUCACACAUCAUAAACCACCACGCCGUAGGAUAAUUGCUCGGGAUAAUCUCUCAGACAAUCAGCCCUUUGCUGACCUUGAUUUGAAAGGAGGGUGGGCAAAAGGCUCGAAUGCAGCCCGAUUGUCAGUAUGUGCGUAGCCCGCUUAAAAAUACAAGACAAAUAGGACAAGCAAAAGUCCAAAUAGGACAAUGUAUCUGAGCCUCAUUUGACAGAGUGACACGGUAUUGCCAUGACUUUUUACUGGCUUGGUGCACAAGUCAUGGAAAAAGCCGUGACAUUGUUGGUGAGGGUUCGGAUAAAGGUUCAUAUGCUAUUUCUUUUCUUUUUUUUUUAAAACACAUUAUAGCAUCAAUGGAGCAGUCCACCCCCAAGACUCAGAAUGGCACCUCUCGUUUGUUCGCCAUGCUCACUUCUGUGGGCCCUGGUGGAGCUCUGUGUUUAAUCUAAUGCCAUUGCAUACACACAAACAAGUAACAGCAAAGUUAAUGGCGACCUAAGACUUUUGCACAGCACUAUUCAAUGAAUCAAAUGAUUUUGUGUUGAUCUUAGCAGUGUUCAGGGUUAUUGUGAAUAUGUACUCAAACUACAUUUUCCUAUCAAUGACUUUUCUCUAUAAAUACAUUGUGACAUCACAGCGUCCCUGCAAAGGAGCUGACACUACUUUUCCACAUCAUGAUCAACAAUCUCAGAUUGAUUUUUUUUUUUUUUACAAUAUGAAAACAUCUGCAUGAGAGGGUGUCAUUUUUUUCUUUUUUCUUUCAUUAAUGACUUUUGAGAUAAGAAUGCACUUGUAGUAUAAUAGGGAAAAAUGCUUAUUUCAACCAGCUAAACGAAUCUUUAGAAUCUUUCCAGUGUCAUUCCUGAUGGUCCACCCCAACCCCACAGUCAGUACCCUUUACAAAUGGGAACAAUUUAAUCUAUCAGGAACAGCAUUGACACGCCACAUUUAUUCAUCAUUGUCUUGUGAAUAUUCGAAAUAGAAAGCACAGCAGACAAUGACUGUAGAAACACUGAAAACGCAUCCUUAACCAUUUACUUAAAUGUUACUCUACUACUUACUAAUAAUGUACAGAGAUUAUUCAUAACAUUUUAGAGAAAAUAAAGAAACCAUAAAAAAGAUGGUGAGCUUUACAAGUAAAACGUUACUUUUAAUGGUCGCUAAUGUUUUUUGUUUGUUUUUGUUUUGUUUUAAUUGCCCAACAAAGCCAAAUCUGUGACAAUCA